GAGAGAGAGAGAGGGGGGGCGAUCAGAUGGAGCUCGAAGUGAGGACGGUUGGGGGGAUGGAGAGCUGCUUCGUUUCUCUCCCCCUUUUUUUCAUCCAAACCCUCGAGAAGACGAGGGGAGGGUUCCUGCCCCCGGUCCUCGCCCUGGAGCUGCGAUCCCGCUCCGGAGGAGAUUGCUGGAACCUGGCCUGGUCCGGCUCCUCUUCCAGAUCCACCGCGAUCGAGGUUGAUCAGCAACUGGCAGAAUGUAUUUCUCUACCAGAUCAUUCUAAAGUACAGGUUAAGGCCAUUGCUAAUUUACCGAAAGCUGAUUUUGUCAAUAUAGAGCCAAGCGGUGAGGACGACUGGGAGAUUUUGGAGCUUAAUUCAGAAGUUGCUGAAGAGGCUAUCUUGAAACAGGUUGGUAUCGUUUAUGAGGGGAUGAAAUUUCCUUUAUGGUUGCAUGGACAUGUUAUGGUGGAAUUUCUUGUGGCCUCUACAUCUCCUAAGAAAUCGGUAGUUCAACUUGUACCAGGAACUGAAGUUUCUGUUGCACCAAAGAAGCGCAAAAAUGGAGUAGUUGCACACAAGAGUGCCGAAAAGCAAAAUUCAACAAAAGAAGAGCUAAGGAUGAAGGCACUAUUACGUGUACAAGCACCAAACAGGGAAUAUGUACAUAAAUUUGAGUUCAAAGAUGUUGAGCUUCGGGUGUUUCUCACUUCUGUGGCUUUUAUACAUCCAGAAACAGCUAAGAAGUUUUCAUUUGAGAAUCUUCAAGUAGCAACAGUCAUACCUAAAUUACAGCAAAAGGAGAUCAUGCAGAAUGGAAAUGAUAUUAUUAAUGCUAAGCGAGGAAAUAAUGGGUUUCUCACAGCUAGUAAGAUGAAACCAAGACAUACUGUUGUUCAUAUUGUGUACUCUGACUCAGUAGGAAAAGGCCAUGUGAUACUUCCUCAAUCUCUUCGUUAUUUCAUAGGAUCAGGUGUACAUUCAUGGGUUUAUAUAAAGAAUUAUUUGAGAAGUUCAAAGAAGGAUAUCCGUUCAAUGAAAAUUUCUCCUUGUCGGUUUAAAUCAUUUGGAAACGGUAUUCUCGAGAGCCACACAUUUCUUAGGCACGAAGGCAUGCCUUCCAAUGCAGAUAUUUUCCGCAACGGAGAUAUGGCAGACUGGUCGCAUCAUGAAGGUCCUUUCUCUUUUUUGUCUCAUGAAGCUCUUCUACGUGGAGAUGAUGACAGUGUUACUUUUCGAACAAAAUUGGAGAAAAAUCUGCUUAUCAAAUUAUGGGUUAUUGGACAAAUAAAUGUAGUUGGAUCUCAAAGUGAUCAAAUGAAGGUUAACUCUGUAGUUUUAACAAAUGAAACAUUGCUUCACUUUGAAAUAGUUGAUCAUAAUAAAAAGAAAGAAAAUAUUCCUUCCCAAGGUACAUUGGAGAGGGAAAAUGGGGGGGCAGAAUAUAGAGUUGAGCUUCUGUAUCUACUUGGAAUUAAUUCUAAUGAGUCAUCAAAGGGUGAUUUGCAUGAUAGCUUUGAGUUUGAUAUCAGCACCAUAAGCAAAAACAAUGAUGAUUUGCAUGACUUGGAGCUGGAACUUGGAAAAUUGGAGUUGGGGGACCCAGUAUCUCUUGACUCGAUUUCGGAAAAUGAUUUCAAAAGGAACUUUAAUAUAACCUUAUCUUCUUUAAGCUGGUUGGAGACAUCUAUUUCCGAUGUUAUUAAUAGAUUGCUCAUCCUUCUAUCUCCAAAUUCUGGCAAAUUGUUUUAUGCAUAUGAUCUUCCAUCUCCCGGGCAUGUGCUUAUUUAUGGACCUCCUGGGUCAGGAAAAUCUACAUUAAUGAAGGCUGUUGCUAGGCAUUUUGAAGAGCAUGAAGAAAUUUUAGCUCACAUAGUUUAUAUAAGCUGUUCAAAACUUGCUCUUGAAAAGAGCCAAACAGUCCGGCAAGCAAUUUCAGGCUACAUAUCUGAAGCUCUUGGUUCUUCACCUUCCAUCGUCAUUUUUGAUGAUCUAGACAAUGUAAUUUCAUUUUCUUCUGAUGAUGAAGGAUAUCAACCAUCCAGUUCGGCUACUGCUCUAGUGAAUUUAUUCAUCAAUAUUCUGGACGAGUAUGGGGAGAAGAGUCGGAACUCUUGCGGAUAUGGACCUGUUGCUUUUGUAGCUUCUGUGCAGUCUCUUCAGAAUUUACCCCAAUCUUUGUGCUCUUCAGGGAGGUUUGACUUCCAUGUUCAGCUUUCUUCUCCUGCUGUCUCAGAACGUGGUGCAAUACUGAAGCAUGAAAUUGAAAAACGCACUUUACUAUGUUCUGAGGAUGUGGUAUCUGAAAUUGCUACCAAAUGCGAUGGAUACGAUGCUUAUGACUUGGAAAUCUUGGUUGAUAGGGCUGUUCAUGCUGCUGUCAGUCGUUUUUUGCCCUCCAGUAUUACCAAUAGAGAUACUCAACCUAUUUUACUGAAAGAAGACUUUUCAGUUGCAAUGCAUGAGUUUAUUCCAGUUGCUAUGCGUGGUCUCACAAAAGCUGCUUCUGAAGGUGGGCGCAGUGGCUGGGAUGAUGUUGGUGGACUUGCUGAUAUCCGGAAUGCUAUUCAAGAGAUGAUUGAAUUACCUUCAAAGUUUCCUGGUAUUUUUGCUCAAUCACCAUUAAGGUUGAGAUCAAAUGUUCUCUUAUACGGGCCUCCUGGUUGCGGAAAGACUCAUAUUGUUGGAGCUGCUGCAGCAGCUUGCUCCUUAAGGUUCAUAUCUGUUAAAGGGCCUGAAUUACUGAAUAAGUAUAUUGGCGCUUCUGAACAAGCUGUCCGAGACCUAUUCUCAAAGGCAGCAGCUGCUGCUCCUUGCCUUUUAUUUUUUGACGAAUUUGACUCUAUUGCUCCAAAGAGGGGGCAUGAUAAUACUGGAGUGACAGAUCGUGUUGUCAAUCAGCUGCUAACUGAAUUAGAUGGUGUGGAAACCUUAACAGGGGUGUUUGUGUUUGCUGCUACUAGUCGGCCUGAUCUACUCGAUGCUGCACUACUACGACCUGGAAGGCUUGAUCGUCUUCUUUACUGUGAUUUUCCAACUUGGCAUGAGCGGCUGGUUAUUCUUAAGGUUCUGUCUAGAAAGCUUCCUUUGGCUAGCAAUGUCAAUCUGGAAACAAUAGCAUCAAUCACUGAAGGCUUUAGUGGUGCGGACCUCCAAGCGCUCCUGUCAGAAGCACAGCUUGCAUCAGUUCAUGAGCUUCUGGAUAGUGGAAACAGUGACAACCAUGCGAAAACCCCUGUCAUCAGCAAUCAGCUUCUGAUGUCUGUUGCUUCAAAGGCUAGGCCUUCUGUUUCAGAGGACGAGAAGCGCCGGCUUCUCAGGAUUUACAGUCAGUUCCUGACGUCAAAGAAGUCUGUUUCUGCACAGUCAAGGGAUGCAAAGGGUAAAAGGGCAACUCUAGCUUGAUAACACCAGAUGUGAAACAUGCAACUUUGUCACUUACAAUAGUGUGAAAAGAUUGUCCAGAGGUAGCAUCAUUUUCUUGGGAACUUGAUCCAUUCAGGAUGCUGCUCCCAACUUGAUUAUAAUGUUCUUUUCUGUGUCUUAAUAUCAGCAGUAGAUGACAGGCUACAUGUAAGGAAGUAGGCAUCCUUGAAGGAGGCAUCACCGUCUUAAUGGGUGUAGUAUUUGCAGAAAGUACCUAACACAAUGCAGAAUUCUUGUCAUCAAGUGCAUGUGCGUUGAAUGAUCGACAUGUCCUUAAUAUUUCUUCAUAAAUAAAGAUAAAUAAAAUUAUGUA